AUGGAUUAUACAUCCCCCCAAUCUGUUGAUGACGCGGUACGCCUUUCCGCCAAGCGCACCGCGGAGCUCUUCGGCCCUGAAUAUUUGAUGGUUACUCCCUCGACCAUGGACGGUUCGAUCGGUGUCUCCUAUCGACGGAAGGCAGAAUAUGAGGACGUGACAGAGUUACCACGUGCGCUCGCAGAGAAGCAGGCAAAGGCCACAACCGGGCGAUCAAAACGACCAAAGAUUCAAGCACAGAAACCUGCCGACGGCAGUGGAGCAUCCAUGUCACUCGUGAGGCGGCCAUCUGGCACCGGUGCCGGUGCCGGUGCCGCGGGAGACCAGCCCAAGAGCUUGAUCCAGAGGCCCUCGGCUACCCAACAACAGCGACCGGAAUGGCAUGCGCCCUGGAAGCUGAUGCGCGUUAUUUCAGGCCAUUUGGGUUGGGUGCGGGCUCUGGCUGUAGAGCCCAACAACCAGUGGUUUGCUAGUGGUGCCGGAGAUCGCACGAUCAAAAUUUGGAAUCUGGCAACGGGCGCUUUGCGUCUGACUCUGACCGGUCACAUCUCCACGGUCCGCGGAUUGGCAGUCUCACCGCGGCAUCCGUAUCUCUUCUCCUGCGGUGAGGAUAAGAUGGUCAAGUGCUGGGAUUUGGAAACCAAUAAGGUUAUUAGACAUUACCACGGCCAUCUCAGCGGUGUGUACACACUGGCCCUCCACCCUCGUCUCGAUCUGCUAGUCACAGGUGGUCGUGACGGUGUAUGCCGAGUCUGGGACAUGCGCACCCGAAGCAAUGUCCACGUUCUCGGCGGCCACAAGGGCACAGUUGCCGACAUUAAGUGUCAGGAUGCUGACCCCCAAAUUAUUUCCGGUUCACUGGACUCCACAGUCCGACUAUGGGAUUUGGCCGCCGGAAAGAGCAUGGGCGUCCUGACGCAUCAUAAGAAGGGCGUCCGCAACAUCGCCAUUCACCCGACCGAGUUCACGUUUGCCAGUGCCAGUACCGGCAGCAUCAAGCAAUGGAUGUGCCCCAAGGGUGAUUUCAUGCAGAACUUCGACGGCCAAAACGCCGUCAUCAACUCCCUUGCAGUCAACGACGAGAACGUCCUGUUCUCCGGUGGUGACAACGGCUCCAUGUCCUUCUGGGACUGGAAGACUGGCCACCGCUUCCAAGAUAUUGAGACCACCGCGCAGCCCGGUUCGCUCGAGGCCGAAGCCGGUAUCAUGACCUCUACCUUCGAUCGCACCGGUCUGCGUCUCAUCACUGGUGAGGCCGACAAAACUAUCAAGGUCUGGAAGCAGGAUGAAGAUGCCACUCCUGAGACUCACCCUCUCACUUGGGCUCCCACUCUUGGUAGACAACGGUACUAG